AUGAAGAUAAUGGUCGGAACGAGCCUCACGAACGGUAGCGACUCUUUUGGCUCAACCCGUAGGUUUUUAAUUUUUAAUGUAGACUUUAAAGUUCGACACUUGCCAACGAAAUUUUGAAAAAAAAUAUUUGGAGGGGAGCAAAUUUUAUUAAUUUAUUGUCAGUAAGUUUCCCUUCCGAGCCAAUUUUUUUUUUCAAGCUUCGCAGUUUUAGAAGAAUUAUCAAAAGGAUAAUCGAAUUUUAUCAUAUCAAAGAUGAUCUGGGCUUUCGGCAUGAAGAAAAGGUAAGUGACCACUUAAAAGUAGAUUUUAGCGUCUCAAAGAAGAAAUAAAUUCAGUCAAGCGGUCCUAUACGUCGACUGGAUACCACGUCGGGUUAUCCUACCUCCCUCAAACUGCGGUUCACCCCCAAAAAGGCCGAGGGGGAGAUCCAGCCAAUGUAUGACCGCUGCGGUCCCUAAAGUACCAAGAUUCAAACGACGGAAUAUUCACUCUAACGUCCACUUGGAGAACCCCUAG